AGGCUUCAGCGACUGACUUUCAUCCAUUGCUAUGCCGUAGCGCGGCGCAGGUGCUUUGCUGAACGUCUCGUGCUGACUUCACUCUAGCGAUUUCCCAAAAUGAACUUAUCGUUUUUCUGUGAAUCUUGCAAUCGAACGACCUUAUAACGCGUCCGAAUCUCCCUUUCCAGCCUCAAUAAGCACGGAAGACACGACGCUAGCGGCACCAGAGCUUCAUUCUCCGCAAUCUCCGAAAUCGAGUUGCGACAGCCUCCCCAUGAUUGCGUCACUCGCUUCAGAAUCGCGUUAGUACUACCAGCUGGUAGUCCCCGCCUUUUGUGGUAACCAGCAGUUGAGGAAAACACACGGUAAUGGCAGGGAAGGAGAGGGAGAAGGAAAAGGGGAGGGAGAAGGGGGGAGAGAGAGGGCGAGAGAGAAAAAGGGAGGAGAAAGAGAAGGGAAGCGGAAAAGAGAAGGAGAGGAGCAAGGGGAAGCACAGGAGGAAUGAGAGCGGAGGGAGUAGCAGGAGCGGGAGAGCAGCGUCACCGUCAGCGUGUGAGGGGGAGGUACCACGGUCCAGACAUCACCACCAUAGCCAUCACGGGCAUCAGCAUAAGGAGCAUCACCAUACAGACCAUCAGCGUAAUGACCAUCAGCGUAAUGACUAUCAGCAGCAUACGGACCAUCAACUCUCAGACGAUCACCACCAGUGGCAGCACCAUGAUCAGCAGCAGCAGCCGUUUCUUCAGCAGCAGUAUCAGCAACACCAUCAGCAGCAGCAGCAUCAGCAGCAGCUUCCAGUGACGUCAUCAUUCGCAUCAUCACCCAGAAUGACGUCAGCGUCGCCAUCAGGAACCGAUGGUUGGCGUGGGAUGCUGACGUCAGCUGCAUCAGCACCCAUCAUCAAGAGAUGCCAUUCAAUGAUUCAACGCCGGGAGCUGCCCAAGGGCUCGACUCCAUACAUUAUCUCUGGCGUUUUCCUCUUGCUGGUGCUCACUCUCUGGUUCGACGUAUUCUCAAUCUUCCAAGCAGACGACGAACAGGCGCUUAUUCGUGCCUCUGCCUCUUCCAUUCCUCCCCAGUUCUCCCAAUCAUCCACAGCUUUCUCUGAAUCACCACCCUCAUCACCAGCAGCAGAAGAGCCGUCAGCACAGCACACCGAUACUGGCGCCUCUCUCUCGUCUCCUGCCAACACUGCUUCGGAAGGUUUCGAACCAACCGACAGCUCCGGUGCGGAAGCUGCAGCUGCUAGCAGCAGCAGUGGCAGCGGUGACAGCAGCAGCAGCAGCAUAAGCAGCAGCAGCCCAGGCAGCGGUCUAUCCCCGGAGCCUGACGGAGGAGACGUCACUGAUCUCUCCCACCCAUCCAGGUGGCAGCAGCAUGCGUUCAGGCGCGUGGGGCUCGUGUCGUUCGCCCAGUUCUCCGCCUACAGAAUCUCAGGCAACCAGUUUGCUGCUGUGGGGCUGGCUGCUCGCGCCCUGGAUGACACGAGAAAGGUGGGCACAUGCGUGUGGGAGCCUGCGAAAUCUGCAACAGGGCAAGCGCAAGGCGAGGAGACAAGCGGUGCCACGUCGGAGAGUGGGACGAGGAGGAGGAGGAGGAGGAGGCUGAUGGCGCAGGAGAUUGGGAGAGGAGGAAAGGAGGAGAGACACUGGGGAGGAGCGAGGAGGAAGCAUGAGAGACAAAGUGGUCGAGGAGCGACACAUGAGAGGAGCGCAGUGCCGAAGAGAGAGAGUGUAGAAUCCUCCCUGAAGAGAAAAGGUGAGGGCGAGGUGGUGGCCAAGGAAGUGAGUGGGAGGAUGCUUGGAGCGCCUGAAAUCCUGCAGAGCGGCCUUUCCCUGAAGAGAAGGCAGCUACAGGAUAGUUCACCCGAUGAUUCACAUGAGAGUUCAUCUGAUAAAUCACCUGACAGUUCACCUGAGAAGUCACCUGAGAGUGAGUCUUCUGUGAAUGGGGAGAAGCCAGGAGAGGGAAGGGAACGGGAAGAGGAGAGGAAGGAAGAGGAUAGGAAGGAGGAAGGGAGGAAGGAGGAAGAGAGGAAGGAGGGAGAGAGGAAGGAGGGAGAGAGGAAGGAGGAAGAGAGGAAGGAGGAAAAGGAGCGGAAAGAGGAAGGGAGGAAGGAUGAAGAGAGGAAGGAGGAAGAGGCGGAGGAUGCGCGAGGGUGGAUACGUGGAGAGGUGGAGAUGCUACACGUGGGAGAGCACCAUUGGUGGAAAUAUGCCGGGCUCAUUCUGCUGUGCACCCUAAAGAGGGAGGCGUAUGUGGCAGACGGUGGGAGAUUACACAUGCGGAUAGACGGGGAGGAUGUGGUGGUGUAUGAGGAGCAGCCUGGGGAGGUGGUCAGUGCCGUGCCGCAUCCCCCCUUCCUGCACAACAUCACCCACUGCUCUCCCCCCAUACAUCACGAGGUGAACGCGGAGCGCAUCCAUCAAUGGAUGGAUCUACACAUACGGAUGGGUGUGGACCACUAUGCCAUGUAUGAUGUGGGCGGGGUGGACGACCAACUCCGCUCUGCUGUCAAGCCAUUUCUAGAUGGAGGGAUUGUGGAAAUCACUGAUUUUCGUGAGGUGGUGAACUACGAGUCAUGGUACUACGGUCAGGUCAUGAUAGUGAACGACUGUGUGUAUCGCUUCCGAUCCCUCUCCAAGUGGAUCAUGUACCUCGAUUAUGACGAGUUCAUGUUUAUCGAUGGACAAGAACGCCUACCCAGCCCUUUCAGCGUGCAUGACUUCCUCUCCCCUCACGAGGGCAUGCCCUAUGUCAGCCACGGGUGCCUCUGGUGGGACCACGAGCGCUGUUUGCCCUCUCAAGGGGACGAUGACCCCAGGUGGGCUCUGGAGCGCAUGCUGUGGCACUGGCCGUUCAUCUACUGCCAGUCCAAGGACAACACCACAAACCCCAAGAUGUGCCUCGACCACUGGGGCCACCGCAAGCUGUUUGUCGAUCCAAGAAAGGUGCGAGUGGUGGAAAACCACGUGGUUUCAGACCCCAGUGGGGGAGGCAAGGACCUUCCCACUGAUAGUUUGAGGCACCACCACUUCCAUGGCAUCAUAAAGCGUGGCCUCAACGAGUGCAAUCAGGCCAUGAAGGCAGACGAUCCCAUAGAGUGGUGGGCGCACGGCACAGAGGAGGCGGACAGAAUGCAGUACGUGCGCACACACCCCCUCGACAUGCCGUCUCUGCUCGCUGCACACAAGUGGUGGAGAGAGUACGUGCUGAGAAUGCAGCAAGGUCGAUAACAACUGCCCGAUAUGUGGGCUACUUACAACAAUUGGAAUAUGUCCUGUAGAUGGGAUGUACAGUAGGGUAGGGUUUCAUAAGUUGAGCUUUUUACACAGAAUGUCAGCUGGUGUUUCAUGCCUCGAGUCUAGCUUUAGUGGUUGAUAACGGCC